UCACGGGGGCUGGAGCUGUGGCCUGGCCGCAGACUAUUUCACCGCCUCUCUGUCGCUCUCUCCGGGCGCUCAGCACACUGUUCCUCGACCCUCUCUCAGGCACCGAGCAUGGCUGGAUCCUCAGUGAGCGGCAGCGCAGCGGAGCGUUUCGGAUACAUCACCCGGGUGGAGAGCUUCAGCGCCUCUCACCGACUCCACAGCAUUCACUUGAGUGAUGAGGAGAAUAAAAGAGUUUUUGGAAAAUGCAACAAUCCCAAUGGUCAUGGACACAACUACAAAGUGGAGAUAACACUGCAUGGAAAGAUUGAUGGACUCACUGGCAUGGUCAUGAACUUGACAGACUUGAAGAGGUGCACUGAGGACGUCAUCAUGACUACACUGGACCAUAAAAACCUGGACAAGGACGUCCCAUACUUUGCCGAUGUUGUCAGCACAACUGAGAAUGUGGCUGUUUACAUCUGGGACAACAUGGUGAAGGUGCUCCCACCCAACCUGCUCUACGAGAUCAAGAUUCAUGAGUCAGAUAAGAACAUCGUUGUAUAUCGAGGAGAGUAGACGUCUGAGUGUUGAUGUUUGGACAUGAACAAGUGCCAUUAAUUGCUGUUUAUUUAACUUCACUGUUUGCCUGAUGACUGCAGACUCCGGUUAGUUAGACUGAUACAGGUUUAUAAAGAAAAUAUAAUAUAUAUAGGGGUUGAUAUUGUUACACUUGUACUUUAUAGACCAAAGAUUUUGUAGCAAAUCCAAAUAUUCAGAAUUCUUGUAGAAGGUGGAAAACCUUUAGACCAGUGAUUCCAACCUUUUUGGCUUCUAGUUGUGAACCCUGAUUACAGUAAGCAUUUGUCUACAGGUUGUAACCAGGACAACCAGGUUUUUUUUUGUUUUAUUUUAUUAGAAUAAUUUUCAAAGACCUGAAGAAAUUCAAAGACAAAAACUAUUUUAGGAAUAUGUAAAAAUUAACUUUUACAUUUUUUUUUAAUUAACAUUGUUUUGUAGCACAAAUGUUGUUUCUGCUUCAUCUCAUGACCCAUCAGAUUUAUUUAGUUUAUUGAGGGUACCAAGCCUCAGGUUGGGAAACCUUUAUUUAGACCUUCACAGGAUACUUAAACUCUCCACUAAACCCCAAACUACUAAUAAAUCAUUCAUAUCUAUAUACAUGUGGGAUCAAACAUUACACGUAUUUUCAUGAUUUUAAGUAAAUCAAUUCCAUUUAUUAGCAUAAUGCUUUAUCCCUAAUAUGGACAGUUACACUCUUUCACAGUACAUUUAUUGGGGAUUGACAAAUAUCAUCUCAACUCUGAAUGAAAUCUAUCAGAAUUAUGUGUUUGAAUAAAUGUUUACACUCAGACCAUGCAAUGGUUCACUACUUUGGUGAACUAGCCAAAUAGUGACAUCUAGUGGUAGAAAACUGUACAUCUCGCAUCUUGUUGCAUUAAACCUGAUUGUGUAGUGCUGUGAUGAAAUGGUUUCUUACAAUAAAUGCAAAAGAUGUUUUUUGAGAA